UACCAGUGCGGUUUCAGACACUGACGCUUAUUUUACUUGACGUGCUUUCAGAAUAAUUUACCGUAAUUUACGGAUAAGUACGAAGACAGACACCUGAAGGAACUUAGAGCUUAGGCUCGAAGCUCGGGAUUGUUUCGUGUGUGCUGAAGGGACAAGCUUAAAUCCUGUGAAAGUAAAUUAAAAAUAAGCUGAAAAUCAGUCAUAGAGAAGAGCCUUAACCAUGAAGAAGAUUCACGCCAAGUCGUGCUGCAGACACAGGAUUUAUGCAUCGCAAAAGUGGGCUAAGGAAGAAAAAUAGCACAUCAUGGAUCAGAAGACGAAUAAAUAUGUGAGGACAUUUAGUGGACAUUUCGUUAAAGUGCGGUUUAAACAAACAAAUUUUUUAUUUAUGUGUGUGAUUGUGUGUGUUAUAAAUUCAGUGCAAUGUAAUAGACCACCUAGGUUUUUAAUUAAUGGCCAAACCGAAAUUGUUUUAAGACUGAAAGAAGGCAAAGAAACGCCAGUAGGUACCUUAAUUUAUAAACUGCGUGGAACCGAUCCUGAUGGUGACCCCCUUAGUUUUGGAGUCAGAUCUCAAUCAGGUAGCGAUGUUAUCCGUGUCGAAAAUAUAUCACCUACCGAAGCAGAUGUCUACCUCAAUAAAGAACUAGACAGAGAAACACGAGAUGAAUAUCCAUUGGUGUUAACUCUAACUGAUGGUCGGUUAGGACAUGGUAAUUACGUCACUCAAAGUCUUUUAUUACUAGUCGAAGAUGUCAACGACAAUACACCAAUUUUUACAAGUCAUCAAUCAUCGAUUACAUUAAGAGAAGAUGCAGCACCGGGAAUUGUAGCGACUUUGGAAGCUACUGACUUGGAUGAAGGUGCUUAUGGUCAAGUGGUGUACCAACUACAAGAAGUUGAUACAAAAGAGUCUUUAUUUAGUGUUAGUACGGCCGGGGGGAAAGCAAUCGUGCGCUUAGUGGGUUCCUUAGACUAUGAGAAACAAACUUUGCAUCAACUAAAAGUCCUAGCAGUGGAUCGGGCAAAACAAGGAAGAGUCAACACCGGAACUGCUGCUCUUUUAGUUAAAGUUGAAGAUGUUGAAGACCAACCACCUGAAUUUGUUCGAGUCACUUCAGUGGCUCGAGUUGCUGAAAAUGCCCCAAUUGGGACUUCAGUACUUCAAGUCACUGCUAUUGAUGGGGAUCGCGGUGUCAACAAUCCCAUCCUAUAUUCACUGUCAUCCAAUAGUAUUGACAGAAUAACAGAUGUGUUUAGUAUAGAAGAAACCACCGGAACGCUUCUCACUGCCAAAACCUUAGACCGAGAAUCUCUCUCUUUAAGUUCCGGUACUUACAUCCUCCAAAUAACGGCGACCGAAUAUGGUGGUAAAAUAAAACCUUCACCAAGUGUUACAACCGAAGUCACAGUCAUUAUCACGGAUAUCAAUGAUGAAACGCCCAAAUUUAGGAGCGGUUAUUAUGAAUGCGAAAUAGCGGAAAAUGCCCCAGUCAACACACCAUUGACCUUCCUCGGCUCCGCCAUGCCGGAAGUCUACGACCACGACCAGGGAGUUAACGGUACUUUCCAACUCUACGUAAAAGGAGCAAGUGAUAUGUUUGAAAUAACGCCAACUAAAGCAAUAAACGAAGCAACUUUCAUGAUCAGAGUGAAAAAUUCAACGUUUCUAGAUUACGAAAAGAUAAAAACUGUCAAUUUCACUUUAGUUGCUAAAGAAAUAGUACAAAACAAUCCAAAAUUUAGUGAAGUACCAGUUGUCGCUCAUAUUUUAGAUCGGAAUGAUAAUUACCCGGAAUUUACAAAAAAUGUUUACGAAGUUUUUGUACCAGAAAAUUGCGAUAUUGGCGCUACGGUUGCUUGGGUUCAAGCGCUAGACGAUGACUCGGGGGUUUUUGGCACCAUGGGUAUUCGCUACACCCACCUAUCCGGCAGUAUUCAACACAUGUUAAACUUGCAUCCAACAUCUGGGAUAAUUUCGGUUAAGACAGCGGGGGGCCCAAACUGGGACCGCGAACAAAUAUCACGCCACUAUUUAACAGUGGAAGCCAGAGAUGAUUUAGGGCAAGGAAACCGCAACACCGUCCAACUCAUCAUCAACAUUGAAGAUGUUAACGACAAUCCUCCGAUUUUCACUCAAAAUCGCUACGAAGCUCGCUUAUUGGAAAAUAAGCUCGAUUUUGAAAACCCACUAAAAGUCGAAGCUCGCGAUGCUGACUUGAACGCUACAAAAAACAACGAAAUUGAAUACAGCCUCUUCGGGGAAUUAAGCCACAACUUUACAAUCGAUUCCUCCACCGGUGUUAUCAAACCACGGACCUCUAUUGACUUUGAAACCCUUGAAGGGUCAUCGAAAGACAAUAUUCGCCAGCUUCACUUAACAGUCCGAGCUCGGGAUUGGGGCACUCCUAGUUUAUUUAGCGACGUUCCAUUAUACAUUUACGUUCAAGACGUAAACGAUCACGUCCCUCUCUUUGAAUACACAUUUUACAAUAAAUCCGUACCGGAAGACAUCUCUGGUGGCACUUCUAUUCUCCAAGUCAGAGCCAAGGACUUUGACGGCUCUUCACCCAACAAUCGAAUUGUAUACAGAAUACAGAAUGGAGCAUCUGAUAAAUUUAUAAUAGGCCCGGAAUCCGGUAUUAUUUCAGUGGCAAGAGGAGCUUCACUCGAUCCGGACUUGACCCAACCCAGAACAUUGCAUUACUCUUUAAAUGUUGUAGCUCUGGAUGGCGCGCCCGGGGAAAAUCAAUUGCAAGCCAGGGUUAUAGUUAAUGUCACCAUACUGGACGUUAAUAAUAAAAAACCGAUUUUUUACGAACCGGGAAGCGUAACAAUGCGAGAAAACACAGCGGUCGGGAGCGUUAUAGCUAAAUUAAAAGCCAAAGAUUUAGAUACAACAGCCCAGUUAGUCUACACUAUUAAUCCCAAAGUUUGUGAAGCAAAGAAUGAACGAGGAAUUUUACUUAAAACGAGUGAUUUUAACUGUGUUGAGACUUUUAACUUGCAUCCUAUGAGUGGGGUCUUGACAAUCGCACAACAAUUGGACAGGGAAAUGGUCGAAAAAGUCCAAAUGGGGCUCAUGGUGGAAGACACAGCCUCCGAAACGGGACCACAAAUUUCAGCUACCACCAUUACGAUAAAUAUAGAGGACAUCAAUGACAACAGUCCGAAAUUUCGCCAGCCUUACUACAAAUUUUCCAUCACUGAAAAUAGCAAAAAUGGGGUAACGAUUGGAAGCGUCUUAGCCGACGACGCCGACAAGAACAAAACAAUAACUUACACACUGGAUGGUCGUUACGAAAUAACCGAACUUAUUUAUUUGGAUGGGAAUUCCGGGGACUUGGUCGUGGCAAAUAAAAUCGAUCAUGAAAUUUAUGAUUGGUUAAAUUUGACGAUAAAAGCGACAGACUCUGGAAUUCCGCCCCGAUUUUCCCGAGUCGAGAUUUUCAUCCAAAUCUUGGAUGAGAACGACAACAAUCCGUUUUUUUUGGGCGAACCACAAUCGCUUCUAAUAUCCGAAGACACUCCCGUGGGAAGACAAGUGGCAAUAAUCGAGGCUAAAGAUGCCGACUCUGGAGAGUUCGGGAAGAUUACCUAUUUACUAGACAGGAUUUCAUCCGAAGGCAAAUUCGGGAUAGACGCCGAUACAGGAAUUUUAAAAGUGUCGGAUAAAUUGGAUCGGGAGGAAAAACACACUUACCUCCUCGUUAUAGAAGCUUGGGAUAAUUACCAAUACGGGUUUAACAGUGGAGAAAGCAGAAACGCAUUCAAACAUAUCAAUGUAACCAUUCUAGAUGUUAACGAUAACCAUCCACAGCUUCAUGUUCCACCUUAUUGCAUCAAUAUCACAGAAUUUCAUGAACCAGGACAAGCCAUAACCACGUUUCACGCUUCAGAUGCCGACGAUCCUAAUACCUCAAAUGGACAGGUCAUAAUUGACAUAUCUGAUGGUAAUCAGAAAAACUUUUUUGCCUUGUCGCAAAUAAGUGAAUGGUCAGCAGAAUUACGAACUACAACUUCGCUUAGAGGAAGACACGGAAACUACACAUUAAUUAUAAGAGCGCAAGACUUGGGAACACCAAGUCACUUAAUUGAAGAACCAUUACAUAUCUGUGUAACUGACUUUAAUGACCAUCCUCCCAUGUUUGUUACUCCUCCGCAUAACUCCACUCUCCGAGUGCCAGAAAAUGCAACGAUUGGAAGCGCUUUAGUUAAAAUUGUUGCCACUGAUGAGGAUGUAGGGUCGAAUGGAAUUGUCCGAUAUCGUCUUAAGGCCGAUCCUGCCGGACAUUGGAAAAGUUUCAGUUUGCAACCGGUUUCUGGAAUACUAGAACUGAGGUUACCUCUAGACAGAAAGAAACAAAAAGUGUACGAUAUUAGAAUCGAAGCUUACGACUUGGGAGUGCCGUCUCUCAGCUCUGAUCUGGAUCUGACAGUUUACGUAAGCAACAUCAACGAUUACCAACCGCAGUUCUUGGUGGAUGAAUUCACAGUUAAUUUCACUGAAAACAAAGUUUCUGAAGCGGAAACACGGAAACUUCCCGAAACCGUCGAUCGAGACGAAUUAGAAUUCGACGGACCUUUCGCACCCAUUUGUUAUUUUAUAGUUGGGGGAAACGAAGAUGGGUUAUUUAAAUUGCAUCCUGUGGAGCAUGUCUUAACUGUGACUAGACCUUUAGAUCGAGAGGAAAAAGAAACACAUUUACUACUCAUUAAAGCAACAGAAGACUGCACAAAACAGCCACGCAAUGAAAGUUUCUUUGAUGCUUCCGAUGACACGCAAUUGAAAGUCAUAGUCAAAGUCUUGGAUGUCAAUGAUAAUCCCCCACAAUUCAUCCAUAGAGUCUUCACUGGUGGGGUUAGCACAGCGACAAGUUUUGGAACGACUUUCAUGGAAGUCAAGGCGGAAGAUGCCGACUUGGACAAUAACGCAAAAAUAUCCUACUAUUUGAUCGGAAAAGUACAAAUGACACUGACUGAAGGUUUGGACGAUUUGAAAAGAGACCCUUUUUUGGUUGAUCGGGACACAGGAGCAGUACAAUUAAAUUUCGAUCCUCAGGAAGGGAUGAAGGGUUACUUUGACUUCAUGGUGUUAGUAAAUGACACUGGAGGUCUCCAAGACAUGGCUAGAGUCUUCAUUUACUUGCUUAGGGCCGACCAAAGGGUCCGAUUUGUGUUAAGACAGCAACCUCCCGAAUUACGAAACAAAAUUGAAGCCUUUCGAGAAAUUUUGGGUAACGUAACCGGAGCCAUUGUAAAUGUUGACGAAUUCCGGGUUCACGCCAACCAUGAUGGCAGCGUUGACAAAACUCGAACAGAUCUUUACCUACAUCUAGUCGAUCGACGCGACAAUUCAAUAAUCGAAGUUGACGAAGUUUUACGCUUAGUUGACCAAAACACGGAAAAACUCGAUGAAUUAUUUAAGGAAUUCAAUGUGUUGGACACGCAACCAGGUGGACCUCUAGCUCUGAAAGCGGUGAAAACAGCCAAUACCACAUUUUGGUUGACAGCUGCAACUUUAUUCCUACUUUUACUCCUCUUAUUAUGUCUUGCUCUUUGCAUAAAUCAACGGCAAACUUAUCACCGGAAAUUAAAAGCGGCCACAGCCACGGCAUAUGUAACUACAGAUUCUGAUAUAGAUGGUCGGGGUUUGAGUGCUUUGAGUGGAAGAGUCCCAAACACGAAUAAGCACAGUAUGGAAGGAAGCAAUCCGAUUUGGAUGCAAGCUUAUGAAAAUGAAUGGUACAAAAAUGCCGACGAAUUUAGUCAAAAUUCGGAACAUGAUUCUCUUGAUGAAAACGUAAUCAGCGGAGAUCUUCCACAGUGCAAUAAUUUGCAACAUAUCAAUGGACACAUUCGAGCACAAAAUGUGUACCAAACGCUACCACCAGCAUUACCACGAAGAAAACUUGAAACGACGGAACUGUAAAUAAAAUGACAACAAAUGCACUUUACAACGAUUUAGCAAAAAAUAAGUGUUGUUUUACAACUACAUACAAAAUAAUAGAACUUUGUAAAUACUUUGUAACAUAAUUUCAAGAAUAAAACGUUUAUAUGGA